CUACAUGACACCGGAAGUCAACGUGUUCAAUGGCGUCGUCCGUCAACAUGCUGUUUUUCGGCAUCGUUUGUUUGAUUGCAUGCACCUUCUGCGGGGCUGCUGAUGAUGACAAAUGUCAGUCGUUUGCUGGUGGAAGUGUGUUCCCUCAAGAAACCAGGCGCACAUCGGGUCAUGCGAUUCAGUGGAGCCAGGCAGUCAUUUCCAAGCCUGCACCUGACUUUAAUGGAACAGCAGUCAUCAAGGGGGAAUUCAAGGACAUUAAACUUUCCGACUACAAGGGAAAAUACUUGGUCUUCUUCUUCUAUCCUCUUGACUUCACCUUCGUGUGUCCCACUGAAAUCAUUGCCUUCAGCGACAGAGUCGGGGAAUUUAAGAAGAUUAACACAGAGGUGAUUGCCUGUUCUGUCGACUCACAGUUCACACAUCUGGCAUGGAUCAACACACCUAGAGCAAAGGGGGGUUUGGGACCCAUGAAUAUUCCACUGCUGUCGGACAUCACCCACGAGAUUUCUAAAGCUUAUGGAGUGUACCUCCAGGAUCUAGGUCACAGUCUCAGGGGUCUGUUUAUCAUUGAUCCUAAAGGAACGCUGCGCCAGAUCACCAUGAAUGAUCUCCCGGUUGGGCGCUCCGUGGACGAGACGCUGCGAUUGGUCCAGGCCUUCCAGUACACAGACACUCACGGGGAGGUCUGUCCUGCGGGCUGGAAGCCCGGGAGUGACACAAUCAUUCCUGACCCCAAAGAAUCUCAGAAGUAUUUCAGUAAACAGAACAACUGAGGACACGAUUUCAGGGUGCUGAUGUCAAUGUUGUGGCGGUGAAGUGCUGCCUGUGGAUGGGGAUUUUUGUAAACAUGCAAAUUCAGGGCACAAAACAAAUAUUCUUUUGAAUUUGUUUUAAAUGUUUGAAUUAUUUUUCAAAAAAAAAAAAGUAAUGUUUAUUUACCGGUAGUUGAUCAAAAUUAAUCUAAGCACCACCAGUUUUAUUAUAUUGUUUUGAUGUGAUUAUUUUUUGGGGAGGGCACUGCAGCAUAAAAAAUGAUGUUUCUGUUCUCUCUUCCUUUCGCCUCUUCUGAAUUGGUACAGAAAAUCUUUAACUAGUCAAAUACACUGUACUUUUAAAUUCUGCUGAUUCUUUCUAGUCUCAUGCUAAUAUUUAAGUUACUUGUCCAUCUGUGUGCAAUUGAAACUCACUACUUUUCGAGGUUUUGGGAAAAACUUUAUGUGCAAAAUUACUGUUCGUAUUUGUUCAUGUGGAAAAUAGUUACUUGUUGAGAAUUAAUAUUCAGUGCUACUGUGUUUUCUUGUUAUUAUAAACUAUUUUGUGUUCAAUAUUUUUGUAUUAUUCUUCUAAAAUGUGGCAUUUCUAAAUUUUAAGUUUUCAAUUGUUCUUUAAUUUGUGCUGCAAAAGAUAUUUAUAUUUGUUAAUGCAUCGUAUAUACAUGUAAUACGAAUUAACAAACUUAUUUUGAGAUCAUUUUGUGUAUGUUAAUUAGGAAUUCAAGUUUUCAGUAAAACAUGUAUUACUUGUAUUCUUCAGAGCUACAAAUUUUCUAUUGCUAUACAAGUUUAUAUCGAGGAUAAUGAAACAACAUCAUAAACAUCUUUGGAAGUAUGUUAAAAGAAUACAUUUUUCCUUUAGAAUCUGGGUGUACAAAUAUGCUUGGAACUUGUAUAGAUCUGCAAUGCAAUAUUUUGCCUUAUGUCAAGAAAUCCAUUAAGAAUAUUUUUUUCAA